AUGGCAUCCAUAACACGAGCAGUCAUCGCUAUCGCCGGAGCCACUGGACAUCUAGGCAAGCAUGUCACAACAGCCUUCCUCUCCUCAACCUUCCAAGACGAAUUCUCCGAGAUAAUCCUCCUUUCAAGAAACGAGUCAUGUCUCUUCCAACCCUCCUCCUCCCAAAGCGGGGUAAAACUCACAACACGCCGCUACAACGAGAACAAUCUUGAAGAAGCCCUCCAAGGCAUACAAAUCCUCGUAAACACAAUCGGGCCCGCAGGCCACUACUUCAAAACGAAGCUCGCAGACGCCCUCCCCCGGACCAACAUCCGAGUCUACUUCCCCUCCGAAUUCGGCAUCGACCACUACGGCCACGACUUCGCCCACCCGGAGUGGCACGAGAAGAAGAAGAAACACCUUGCGAGCGCGCAGCGAGUCGUUCCACACAUGAAGAUUUGCCGCGUAUUCUGCAGCAUAAUUCUAGAAGACAUCGGGCCGUGGUACGGUCUCGACACCCAGAAGGGGAAGUAUACUAGUGUUGGAUCGUUUCGCACGCCGGUAUCUUUUACCUCAGUUGGUGACGUCGGUAGAACGGUUGCUUCGCUGGGGAGUCUACCCGAAGAGAAGAUUCCCGAUGUUGUUCAUGUUGGCGGUGAUUCGCGCUCGAUUGCGGAGAUAGCCAAAAUUAUGGAGUCUGCUGGUGCGGGACGCAUUGAGAUUGAUUGUCUCCCCUAUGAGGAAUAUAAGAAAGAGACUACUGCUGAGUAUUCGUCCCAGCCGGCUCCUUAUAUAAAGUUCUCGAUGGGUGAUGGGGGUAUUGCUCAUACUCCUGCUUUUCUUGGGGACGAUAAUGAGCUUGUUAACCCUGGUCAGCGGCUGUGGAGGUGGAAGACUGUAGAAGAUUUGGCGAAGGAAAAUAAUGGGCAGCCUGCGAAAGAUGUUGUCUGGCCGUCGUCCUAA